AUGGAGAGAUCAUCCUCAAUGAAACAACGGAAGAAAGGUCCAGCUCGUGGCAAAGGCGGUCCACAAAACGCUCUUUGUCGAUACCGUGGAGUUCGGCAAAGAACAUGGGGAAAAUGGGUGGCUGAGAUCAGAGAGCCUAAAAAGAGGACACGACUCUGGCUUGGUUCUUUUGCUACUGCUGAAGAAGCAGCCAUGGCUUAUGAUGAAUCUGCGCUGAAACUAUUUGGUCAAGAAGCUUAUCUCAACUUACCUCAUCUUCAGCAAAGGAAACAAGGGCCUCCUGUGAACAACACGCAGAGGUUUAAAUGGGUGCCUUCAAAGAAGUUUAUCUCCAUGUUUCCUUCACGUAGUGGCAUGCUUAACGUGAAUGCUCAGCCUAGUCUUCAAACUAUCCAGCAAAGACUAGAUGAGCUGAGGAAAAAUGGACUUCUGUCUCAUUCCUAUUCUUCUAGCUCAUCCUCUACCGAAUCGAAAACUAAUACUACUAGCCUUCUUGAUGAAAAGACAAGCAAGGGAGCAACCUACAAGAUGUUGGAUGAUGAUGAGAAGAAACCAGAGAUGGACCGGAACGAGUUUCUUCAGCAGAUGGGAAUCUGGAAGGAUAAGAGUCAAGCAGAAGCAAGCGAAGUAGCAGAGUGUCAAGAAGAAACUGGAAGUCCUUUCACAGCUCAGAGUGUUAGCUGGGACACAAUGAUUGAGCUGCCAGGAAGUGAAACCUCAGCUAUGCAUUUCGACUGUUUCGGAAGCUAUGGUGAUUUAGAGGAUGAUCUAGGCUUUCCUUCCAUCUGGAACUUCUGUGGAAUCUUAGAUGAGUGAAACGCAACUUGCUGUAGAUCAGAUUCAAAAGUACACGUAGCGUAGUUUUUAGAGUAGUACAGUCUCACGAUCUAACACAUGAUUCUUAUGUGUGUUUGUGGCUCAUGACUUUGCUCUUUUCUCACGUCCAUCCACGU